AUGGUGUCGUUAGCUCAAGAAGAGUUCUCUCAAAUUUGUUUGGAUCAGGUUUUGAACAACGGCUCAAAACAAGAUCUGAGACUGCAGAGACUAUCGGGAAAGCAUCUCGAGCAGGCAACCCCUUUUUUUGUGGGGCGGCCUUCAGGGGAUUCCACAGACCUCAUGGGGGCCGACAAGGAUUCAACUUCAAGACCUUUCGCCUGUUCAGUCCCAGAGGGACCAUGUUCAACAGGGGGAACAGAAACCGAGGCCGUGGCUCAUUUCCAAGAUUUACAAAUCCCCAGACUUACAAGUCAUUCCACCAAUAAAGAAAUUCAGACCAGACUGUUUACCCAAAGGUAUGUUUUCAGAACUUUUUCAGGGCAAUUUGACUCAAAAUAUACCUCAAACGGGGCGCUUAAAGUUUUUCACCCCCGCAUGGGAAAUGAUCACACAGGACCCUUGGAUCCUGCAGGUCAUCCAGGGUUACCAGAUAGAACUUGUAACUCCUCCAGUGCAACAGUCAUUACCCAAUGUACCGAAGCUUUCUUCAACACAAGAGACUGUGUUGGAGCAAGAGGUAAAAGAAUUGUUGAUGAAGCAGGCAAUUCAUCCAGUACAAUCCCCAAAGGCAGGAUUUAUAAGUUCUAUCUUUGUGGUACCCAAGAAAGAUGGGGGAAUUGUCCAGUAGUAAAUCUAAAACCCCUGAACCAGUUUCUAGGCUACAAGCAUUUCAAGAUGGAGGGCAUCCACAUGUUAAGGGAUCUAUUAAAGAAGGGAGAUUUUCUCGUGAAAAUCGACCUCAAGGAUGCUUACCUGACAGUGCCAAUUUGGAAAAACCACCAAAAAUAUCUUCGGUUUCUUUGGAAGGACACCAUGCUGGAGUUUGCAUGCCUUCCUUUCGGUUUGGCGACAGCACCAAGGGUUUUUACCAAGCUUAUGAAGCCGGUAGUAGGGGCAUUGAGGCAAAGAGGUAUUCGCCUAAUUAUAUAUUUAGACGAUAUCCUAAUCAUGGCCGAAUCUCACGAUCUAGCAUCACAUCAUGCAGCCUUAACCCUGAAUCUCCUAGAGGGGCUAGGCUUCAUAGUAAAUUACCAGAAAUCACAACUCUUGCCUUGCCAAGAGAUGGAAUUUCUGGGGUUUUUGAUAGAUUCAAACGCCAUGAUACUCCAACUUCCAGGAGAAAAGUUGCGAAAAAUCCGCAGAAAGUGUCAGAAAUUGUUAGAUCAAACGACAAUUUCGGUACGAGAAUUGUCGAAAUUCCUGGGCCUCCUAACCUCCUCCAUUCAGGCAAUAUUCCCUGUUCCUAUUCAUUCCUCCCUUCAAACCUACGAAGCCCAGGUUGCUUUAGACCAGCCAGCAAGAGAAGAGAUUCUUUGGUGGAGAGACCAUCUCCAUGCAUGGAAUGGCCGGGCUUUGUUUCAGGAUCCUGUCGAGCUUAUAAUCGAGACGGAUGCCUCUCGGAAGAGGUGA